AUGUGGGGACAAUUUUACUCUAUCCCCUAAGAUUUUGGAGUUGCGAAAGGGGUUAUAAGGUUUUAUGAGGUUUCUAAUGGUGUUACUCAUGGUUAUCGUGACUUGUGUUUAAGGGUUUUUUUGCUAGGUUGUGAUGGUGUUAACACCAAAGUUUAUGUUUGCUGCAGGGGUUUUACAUAUCCUAUAUUUCAACAGGAGCAGGGGUUCAUAAGGGGCAACCAAACCCCCUAUGCCACCAGAGGUAAUAGAAAGAGAAAAACAGAGGAUGAGGAUUAAUCUGAACCAGAAGAUGCAGGAGGAGAAAAAUGA